CAAAAUCAGGAGGAGAGCAGAGAACCCUUUUGGACCUUGAAUGGCUUGAAGUGUGUACCUAACACCCACCGCACUGCAGAUAUGGACACUGGGCUCAAUGCACCAACUUCACCAUGCUAGUCCAUGGGAAUAAAGAUUUCCCCUAUGACGUGCUCUACAUUAUCUUGGAACUGGUCAUUGCAGUGCUGGCCAUCUUGGGCAACAUCCUGGUCUGCUGGGCCGUCUAUCUGAACAGUAACCUUCAGAACGUGACCAACUACUUUGUGGUGUCCCUGGCGGUGGCUGACAUAGCGGUGGGUUUGCUGGCCAUCCCCUUUGCCAUCACCAUCAGCACUGGCUUCUGCGCUUCCUUCUACGGCUGCCUCUUCAUCGCCUGCUUCGUCCUGGUUCUGACACAGAGUUCCAUCUUCAGCCUCUUGGCAAUCGCCAUUGAUCGGAUGAUUGCUAUCCGGAUACCUCUCAGGUACAACGCUUUGGUGACUGGCUCGCGAGCGAAAGGCAUCGUAGCCCUCUGCUGGGUCUUAUCCUUCGUAAUUGGCCUGACGCCCAUGCUGGGCUGGCACAAAUGCUCCUCAGAAAGCAAAGGGCAGAACAGCUCAUUCAUCGAUAACUGCAGCAAUGACAUGGUAGCUUGCUUGUUUGAGUCCGUCGUCACCAUGGAGUACAUGGUUUACUACAAUUUCUUUGGCUGUGUGCUCGUUCCCCUCCUUGUCAUGUUUGGAAUCUACCUGAAAAUCUUCAUGGCAGCCCGGCGGCAGCUCAAACAGAUAGGGAACAAGAUGGUUCACGGAGAACGGUCCCGGUCCAUCUUGCAGAAGGAGGUCCAUGCGGCCAAGUCUUUAGCUAUCAUUGUUGGGUUGUUUGCCAUCUGCUGGCUUCCCUUGCACAUCAUCAACUGUUUCAUCUACUUCUGCCCGCUUCUGCGCCCUCCAGUCUGGGUGAUGUACUUAGCCAUUAUCUUGUCCCACGCUAACUCCGUGGUGAACCCGCUGAUCUACGCGUACAGGAUCAGGGAGUUCCGGCAUACCUUCCGUAAAAUCAUUGGGCAGCACAUUAUGGGCAAGAAGGAUCAGUUCAAGCCUGCCACCGCCAGCCGGAGGACUUCCAUUCAUGAUGGAGAUACUGAGCAUUCCAGCAUACGGAUUAGUACGUAUGCUCGGAACUUCUACACCAGUGGGGACUCAGACAGCAUCCACGAAAAUGAUUUGGGGAAAAACGUGGCCUUGGAAUGGCACCAGAAUGGAAACGCAUUGGAUGGGGAAGCAAAUGGACAUAUCCCACAUUCCUGCAACAACGGGGACUUCUUAAAUGGCCCCAGGAAAAUAGAGCUGCUCAGCAAAGAGUACAUCGGGGUUCCUAUCAUGUUGGCUGGCUUGGAGGCUUCAUCUGUAGAAGCCUCUGAUGUUUCCUGAUGCUUCACAGGGAAUCAUCCUUCUGGAAUGGAGUCUUUUCCUUCCUUAGAUGAGGUGGAAAAUGUUCGGGUCAUUAUUGAUGGAAGGGGAAGGAGUCCCUGCCUA